CCUCGUUGUUGUUGCUCCCACAUCGUUCAACACUUUGUUUCUCGACUGCUGUCUAGCCUUUUUGCUUCUUCGUGUCGAGAUUCUAUCACGCGCUGACCCCAUACUAUCUAUCGUGAAAAUCUUAUCUCCUUCUGGGCGAUUGCACGCGUAGCUGCAGCACACCAACCAUGCAACCCGGCACGCAGUCAAACGAGACUCGUUCUCCAGCCAGACCUGUCCCCAACUUCCACGAUGUUCAAAACAUCUACACCCCUUCGCAGCGCCGUCCCCUUGCCGAUGUGUCGCCCAAUGUCAAGCCUGUCACGCCGUCCGCAACGCCAGGCUUCCUCAAGAGGCCAUUGACCGGCAGCCCUCUCAAACGCAGCUUCAAUGCUGCAAUGGAGUCCGGUGAAGGACUGAUGUAUCUCAAGAGAAGGCGACUGGGAGAGAAUGAAGUGUUGAGUGAAGAUGGUGCUCAACGCGAGCGGGAGGCGAGCAUGGAGAUUGGCGUGCAACCUCUGCCGCCUCUUUCUGGCGUGGUCGACAUCCCUUCACCAACCGAGCCAAACACUCCCCCUUCAGAGGACAACGCGAGCACGGAAGGCUCUUCUGCCGAGCGCAAGUCGUUCUCGUCACUCAUCAACUACGAUGCUUCGUCUCAACCCUCCAACUUGACCUUUCCGACUGUGUCCAAGGCCGAGCUGCUGAAACUACGUCUACGAGUUGCAAUGUACAAAGUACGAACGAAUCAGGUCGCCGUGCCGUUCCCGGAGUUGCACGUUGAGUCCGACGCAAGCAGGAACUCAACGCAACAAGCAAUUGAAGACGCAGUUGCGCAAUUGCGGAAGGAGGCGCAGGAAGUCCUUGCCCGAGAGCCGUCUCAGCCUUCGUAUCCGACGCUACUGCCAGCACCCGUGUUGCAACCGACAGCAUACAGCUCACGCAUGAUCUACGACGCCAAUCUACACAGCUCUCCCCCGACUUCAAAAACUCUGAACAGGCUCCCAAUGACCAUCGCCACGGCCACGCCCUUGCGAGCAAUGUGGAGGACGGACAGCCCACCGACCAGCGCCCAGAGACUCUUCAGGCCGUCGGAGCAGGAAUUGACGAGUAGUGUCGUCAAGGGCCGCGUGGCCGAAGGACUCCUCGGUCUGAAAUAUCUCAUGUGAAUGAAGUCGUGGAGAGUUGUGUAAACGAGGAUAUUUUACAAGCGACGAG